CCGGCGAUGUCCCCGCCCCCCGAGGGUGACAUCGGGGUGGCCCUGGCCCAGGUCCUGCUCUGUGUCACCAGCCUGGGCUGCGCCAUCCGCGCCAGACGGGUGACAGGUGGCCCAGCCGCCGGUUUCCUGCUCCAAGCUCUGGCCGCCGCCACCGACGCCGUGUCCCUCCUGUGUCCCUCUGUCCCCUCCGACGUCCCCACCUCCGAUGUCCCCUCCGACGUCCCCUUUGAUGUCCCCUCCGACGUCCCCACGCCCCCUCCCCCCUCCUGGAUCUGCACCCUCCUGGCCCAGCCCUUGGUGGCGUUCGGUUGUCACCGCCUGGGAGGUGACGGUGCCACCGCGGCGCUGCUGCUGUCCUCGCUGUCGGUGGUGGCCGCGGUGACGGCGGCGCUGGCGGCCGAGGCGCGCGGCCUGGCCGGCCGUUGGGCGGUGGCACUGACGGCCGGCUCGCUGCUGGCCCUGGCCGCGCUCAGUGGCUGCGCCCCCGCCGGCCUGGCCGCCGCCUUGGUGGCACUUGGGGACACCGAGCUGGUGGCACCGUGGGGCGUCCCCUGGGUGAGGGCGGCGGCCAGCGUGGCGCUGCUGAGGGCGCUGGGGUGGCUCAGGGAGCAGGGACAGCAGUAA